AACACUCCUGUCCUAGUGACAUCUGAGAACACCACACGUUUCUUGUUCCCUUUUAACCCGGCAAGUUUACACUUGUUAGAGGCAACACCCUGAGGUGCUCCCUUCGUUGGCUUUGUUGCAUUAAUGCAUGCAGUGAGAAAAGAUUCAUCAGAAUUGGGAUUUGAUUUCAAGAUCGCUUCUGCCCGGUAUCUCAUCACGGAAUGUUUGUAUCCCUGAACAGGUCACUGCAUCGGACAAUGGAAAUCAUGAGGACACAUACAUUCGCACAGCUCUCAAAAUAUGUUAUUUUGCUCGUCCUCAUUUGUGAGUGUGUGAAAGGAGAUGGCGAUUGUGAGGACAUGAAACCCGAAGAGAUAUGUGAGGAAUUCUGUGAAAAGCUGAAAUGCACAGAGAAUUGUUGCAAGAAAUGCUGCAGUUAUCUGCAACCCAAAGACAGAAAAUGUAAUCAAAUCUGCAAAAAGCUGAAACCCAAAGACAGUGACUGUCAGAAAAUCUGCAAAACAAUAAAAGACAAAGACAGAGUUUGUAAGAAAAUUUGCAAAAAGGGGAGAUCAAAAGAUGAUUGUUGUGAGAAUUACUGCCAACCCAAAGAAACUCUAACAUCAGAUAAAUGUGAGGCAUUUGUCCAGAAUCUAACUACAACAUGCAAUCUACAGGCAAAGAACAUUAAGAACAAAUUACAAAGGAGAUGUAUAAGAGCCACAGCUAAUUGUGAAGCUUCUGACAAAGACAGUAUUACACAAAUACACUCAAGAUAUAAAGCUUAUUGUAGAAAAUUAACCAACUCAAGUUUUAAAGGAAUAACACUUGUUGCCAAUUCUUCAUGGGUCGGUGAAAGAACCACUCAAGAACAAAAUGUUGACAUUGAGGUUGUCCUCCCAGAGGAAUUGUUCAGGAAAUCAAUGGAGCAGCAGAAUGAUUUCUCGAGCAUCACUUUUUCAUUAUUCAAUGAUACAGCACUGUUUGAGGACGAAAAAAACAGUACUAUCUUAAACAAUAACGUGAUUGAAGUUGCUGUAGGAAACACAAGCAUUCAUAACCUCACUGAGUAUGUGAAUAUUACAAUUAAUCAUAAGUCAAAAAUGCUGAAUAACUUCUCUCAACAUUGUGUCUUCUGGUCUGAAAAUGAAGAUGACAACUCAACAGGUCAUUGGGAUUCUACUGGUUGUAAAACAACAGUUCAGGAUGGCCAUACCAUAUGUCAGUGUGACCAUCUCUCCUACUUUGCUGUGUUACUGGACUUCAGUAAUACCAACAACACCGUGGAUGAGAAAGUUUUGAUUUCAUUGAUGUACAUCUCACAGAUUGGUUGUGGUAUUUCUGCCAUCUUCUCAGCCACCACAAUAAUCAUUUACUGUGUAUUCAGGAAAAUUAAAAGCGAUCAAGUCACAAAGAUCCACAUGAAUCUCUGUGCUGCCAUAUUUCUCCUGAAUGUGAACUUCUUGACCAACGUGUGGCUCAGUAUGGUGAAAAAUGAAAGUCUAUGUAAGACCAUUGCUGUUUUUCUACAUUAUUCAUUGCUGUGUACUUUUACCUGGAUGGGAAUUGAAGCAUUUCAGCUGUACCUGCUGCUGAUCAAAGUUUUCAACACCUACAUAAAAUACUACAUACAAAAACUGGCUGUUAUAGGUUGGGGCCUUCCUGCAAUUGUGGUGCUUAUAUGUAUCGCAAUACCAGACAUUUAUGGCGAAUUUGUGAUUGAGAAACAAGACGGGAAGAAUACUUCAAUGUGCUGGAUAAAAGAAAAGGUGGUUCAUUACAUUACAAACUGUGGCUAUUUCAGCAUUAUAUUCUUUGGAAAUACAAUAAUACUAAUCACAGUCUGUACCAAGCUAUUUUAUCUGAAAAGACAGCGCACUGAAGAACAAGGGUCUGUUUGGAAGGAUCUGUGGACAAUCCUUGGCCUCUGUUGCCUAUUGGGCAUAACCUGGGCUUUGGCUUUCUUUUCGUUUGGACCACUCCGUCUGGUUGAAAUCUACCUGUUCACCAUCUUCAACUCCUUGCAAGGAUUUUUCAUAUUCCUGUGGUAUUGGGCUAUGAAAAAACCAACGAAAGACGAAAUAUCAAGUUAUACAACCUCAACAUAGAGAAGAAAUGGUGAAAGUGAAAUAACUUGCCUUCCAUUCACCUUUCGAAUGUGUUUCAAAACAAUCUUUUGUUUUUAAAAAGAAUCCUACCACUUGUAUAUUGUGUGAAAUGAGUACAGUUGUUUGCUUUAUGUAUGGGUUCAGCGUAUACUCAGAAUCAGCACACAAACGUCCAUUACCCCUUAGCUCUGAGAACCAUCUAUUCUGAAGGCCAUUGCCAAUAUAAAAUUAAAUGACUUGUCAAAUGCUAUGUCAAAUCAUGCCCAUUAGAUGAGGGCUAAUGAUCAGUUGAAAUGAGGAGUUGUCUCAAUUCCAGCUGCUGUAAAAUUAUCAGAAUUAGUUCCGGUUGAUCAGCAAAGACUUAAGCAGUAGAGAAUUGAGAAAGCAAAUCCUUCAAUUUGUUUGAAAGCUGCAAAGGCUAAACUAAUAGGUGGUGGAGACAGUGAUAUAGUGGUGACGCCACUGAACUCAUCAUCCAGUCCCCAGGUAAAUAUUCUAAGGACAUGGGUUUGAAUCCUACCAUGACAGAUGAUGAAAUUUGAAUUCAAUAAAAAUCUGGAAUUCAAACUGAGCCU